AUGGAGGCACGGGCACGGGACACCCGCCGGCUCUGGGAUGCACUGGACAACGUCUCCGACCCGGCUCAGGCCUCGACGCCCCGCUUGGCCUUCACUAGGAGGGCAGCAAUGCCCCGGAUACGCACUCUGAAUACCAAAAAGGCUCCUGAAGGAUGGGAUGACGUUGCUCCCCAGUUGGAAGAGUUUGCAAACCAGAUGCGAGAUGCCGUCAACGAGCCGCAUGAGGGCAAGCGACGCAACGAGGCCACCUGGAAAAUCACGAAGAUCCACUGGGAACGCUCCAGGUAUGUCUACGAGCUCUACUACAAGAAGAAGGCGAUUACGAGAGAACUCUAUGACUGGCUGCUGCAAGAGAAGUACGCAGAUGCCUCGCUGAUCGCGAAGUGGCGGAAGCCGGGCUUUGAGUACCUCUGCUCCCUUAUGGCCAUCGACAAGAGAAACACAAACUUUGGAACGACAGCCAUAUGUCGGGUGCCUUUGCACUUGAGGAAGGCAGGUGCUGCACAGCCGGCAGUCUCGACAGGCUGCAUCUCUUGUUCUUCGCAAGAGUGUGGGCGGCUUGGAGGGCCCAUUUGGUGGGACUCCCCGCGGCCAGCGGAUCUCAUCGGUUGGGCGAAGGCUGGCUGCCCAACAGCUGAGAAGCCGGCCAAGAAGCGCAAGGCGCAGGAAGAGGGCGAGGAAGCCGAGCUGGAGGCACGAGCCGCAGCGCUGCGGCGCGGUGUGAAUGCAGGCCUCAGGGCAGCCGAAGCAGAUGCCUUGGAAGCUGCUGCUGCUGCCUUCCGCGGAUCAGCGGAGAAGGCACCGCCGCUUCGCAUGCACGAUGGCGACGAGGAGCAGAAGGAAGGGAAUGAAGAUGGGAAUGAUGAGCCCAAUGAGGCGGAGCAGGAAGGCUGA